AACACAAAUUUUCCAAGUACAAAGAUCACAGUGAUAGUGAGUGAUCGAUAGAGAGUGAGUCGAGAGAAAAAGCAGUUAAGAGAGAGAGAGAGAAAACCAUGGGAAUUAGGUGGUAUGCUCAGGUUGUGCUGGUUGUUGCACUGGCAGUGGUUCAUGCUAGUGCAAGAAACGUGCCAAGUGAUGCAGCAACUGGUCUUGAUGACCAAAAGAACUUUCUCACUUACGGCGGAAUUGGAGGCUUCUCAGGACUGGGUGCUGGCGGACUGCCAUUUGGGGGAGUAGGUGGUGUUGGUGGGGUAACUGGGUUGGGAGGUGCUGGUGGUCUUGGUGGACUAGGAGGUGUUGGGGGGCUCGGCGGUGCAAGUGGGUUGGGUGGAGGUGCAGGUGGCGGAGUUGGUGGUGGUGUUGGUGGUGGAGUUGGUAGUGGGAGUGGUGUCCUUCCUUUCCCUUGAAGUGGUGACUACUUAUAUAUCAUCAGUACUUAAUUUAAAGUUUAAAAAGGGUUUCCAGUGUUUAUCAUGUUCUCUGCUUUGCUUUACCUUUUACUUUGAAGGUCUUAUUUGUUCUUAAUUAAGCUUUAGUUUCAUCUACUGAAAUACUUCGCCCUCGUAUAUCAGUUGAAUAUUACGGAUUAUUUUUCUUC